UAUUUUUGAUUGGAUUUUCAUUCCAGGUUUAGCUCUUCGUCUGUUAAGUAUAUCAAUAUUAUCCGUGAUCCUAUAGAGAGGUUUACGUCACAGUAUUACUUCAAACGAUUUGGCGAUGGCAAAAAUGAUCAAAGCCAACGUCAGUUUAAAGGCACUGAAGAAGAAAAAUAUCAGACUAUAAAUGAAUGUGUCUUGAAGAAUAGACCAGAAUGCGGUACUAAGAAACUUCAGUACAUAAUCCCAUUUUUCUGUGGUCACAGUCCACAAUGCAGGUUGCCAGGUAGAACAACAUUAGAAAUGGCUAAGCUAAACGUAGAGCGUGAUUUUAUAGUGGUGGGAGUUCUGGAAGAGUUGGACGACACGUUUGCAGUCUUAGAAAAAAUGCUACCACGUUUUUUUACUGGAGCAGUGGAGUAUUUGAAAUCUCCAGAUACAUCUUCUGCAGGCAACACUUUUGCUCGUAAUCGGUCAGCAACCGUAACUAAGCACAAGGAGGUACCAUCGGACGAAGUGAGAACAAUACUUUUGAAGCAAAUGUCGUUGGAGUAUGAAUUCUACUACUACAUCAAGGACCGCUUUCAAAAACUCAAGAUUCAACUUGGAAUUGGUGAUAGCAAACAACGAUAAAUUUAACUACGGUCGAACCGUUAUUUCCAUAGCAUCGAAUUACAAUCUGUGAUUAAUUUUUUCAACCUAGGGUCAUACAAUC